AUGUUAUUUAAUACAUAUUUCUUUUGUCUUUUUCUUUUAAUUAUAAGUUCAAUAUCGAGCGAUGGACUUUGCAAAUGGUAUGGUAUAGCACCAUUUUGUUUUCUUGGUAAUUCAUGUCCUGAUGGAUGUUUUAAAACAGCAGAAAGUAAUAAAGGUGAUGGUAUGACAUGUUGGUUUUCACAAAAAAAUUAUUGUUGUUGUCCAAAACGAGCAUUAGAUUCAUUACUCAAUAGCAUUUUAUCUGACGACAAAAAGUAA